GGUUCAAGUGAACAGCGUGCGUAAAAUGUGAAGCGAUGGUGAGCCACAUGCGUUCCGUGUUGAUGCGCUGCGUCGGAAUUUGUCUUUUCACAUCAUUCUUUAUCGCGCUGUUUAUCGGGGGUCUUCCAGCUUCGUUGGAUAGCUGCAACUGUGAAGAGAAUCAUGACCGGGAUGUACAGCACGAGAGAUUCCAUAAAAGUUUCCUUUCCGAGGAAAUGGAACGAAAAAGACUAGCAAUAGUUGUACCAUUUCGGGACAGAUUUGAUGAGCUGUUGCAAUUUGCUCCACACAUAGCGGCCUUUCUUGAAAAGCAGGAUGUUCCAUUUCACAUUUUUGUGGUGAACCAGAACGAUCGGUAUCGAUUUAAUCGAGCUUCUCUGAUUAACGUAGGCUAUCUGCAAGUUCGGGAAAACUAUGAUUAUUUCGCAAUGCAUGACGUAGAUUUGUUGCCAUUGAACGACAAUUUGCGUUAUAAGUUUCCCGAGCAUGGUCCGCUCCACAUUUCGGGACCAGAGUAUCAUCCAAAGUAUCAUUAUGCAGCAUUUAUCGGUGGAAUUUUACUGCUAAAGAUGGAGCAUUUCGAACAGCUGAACGGAAUGUCGAACCGCUACUGGGGAUGGGGAUUGGAGGACGACGAGUUCUACGUGCGAAUUAAAGAAGCUGGUCUUGAAGUGUCUCGACCAACCAACAUUACGACCGGAACAAAAAAUACAUUCCUGCAUGUGCACGAUCGAGUGCACAGACGAAGGGAUACAACAAAAUGCUUCAAUCAGCGUGAAAUCACACGGAAACGUGAUCGAGAAACGGGUCUGAGCACGAUCAAAUAUUCUAUUCACAAUCGUCGAGAGUUGACUAUCGAUGGAGUUGCAGUGACUGUACUGAAUGUUGAUUUGAUUUGCGACAAACACAAAACGCCCUGGUGUGAAUGCGAAACCAAACCAGAUAAUGUAACAGCAAAGGUUCCUAAGAAGCGGCACAGAUAA